AUGACAGCUCGAUCGUUGAGGAUAGGCCUCAUACCUGGAGACGGUAUUGGUCGCGAGGUCAUACCUGCCGGAAAGAAGAUCCUCGAAUCGUUACCUUCAUCUCUGGGUUUGAACUUCUCAUUCGUCGACCUCGACGCCGGAUACGAUUGCUUCAAACGUACAGGAGCUGCUCUACCAGACAAGACGGUUGAGAUACUGCAGAAAGAAUGUGACGGUGCAUUAUUUGGAGCUGUUAGCUCCCCAACCACAAAAGUAGCAAACUACUCCUCCCCCAUCGUCGCCAUGCGCAAAAGGCUCGGCCUCUACGCCAACGUUCGCCCCUGUAAAACCGUCCUCUCGCCAGCCUUCCCCUCCCCAACAAAGACUCCUAUCGACCUCGUCAUCGUCCGCGAAAACACCGAAGACCUCUACGUAAAAGAGGAAAGAACCUACCCAGACCCCUCCGGCGACGGCGGCCAAAUCGCCGAAGCAAUCAAGCGCAUCAGCAGCAAAGCCUCCUGGCGCAUCGCAGACAUUGCAGGUCAAAUCGCCCUGCGCAGACAUAAAAUGCGCAUCGCGUCGGGAAGCGAAGUGUCGCAUACCAAGAGCCCGAUGGUAACGAUCACGCAUAAGAGUAAUGUGCUCUCGCAGACGGAUGGGCUGUUCCGAAGCACGGCGCGAGAGGCGCUGGGUCAGCCGCAGUUUUCGUCGCUCAAGGUCGAGGAGCAGAUUGUUGAUAGUAUGGUUUACAAGCUGUUCUUGCAGCCGGAGUAUUACGAUGUCAUUGUGGCGCCAAACUUGUACGGAGAUUUACUCAGUGAUGGGAGUGCGGCGCUGGUGGGAAGUCUGGGUCUUGUGCCUAGUGCGAACGUUGGUGAGGGAAUCAUUAUUGGUGAGCCGUGCCACGGGAGUGCGCCGGAUAUUGAGGGGAGAGGGAUUGCGAAUCCUAUUGCGACGAUCAGGAGUGUAGGUGUUAUGCUGGAAUUUAUGGAUUUACCUGAGGCUGCGGAGGCUAUUUACAAGGCCGUUGAUGCGAAUCUGAUAGAGGGGAAGCUUGUCACACCGGAUUUGGGAGGACAGGCGACGACAGAGGAGGUUACGAAUGAUAUUAUCAAGAGGUUCUGA